GCAGCGACCUCCGCCGCCGCGGCUGCUGGCACUAGACCCGGGAAGCCGACGCCUGCGCCGUAGUCCUCGUCGUCCCGCUGCCUCCCGCGCCGGCGCUGCGAUGGAGUAAGGGCCCCGCCGUCCGAAGAGAAGCGUGCCCCGCCUGGACCCCACCGGGCCCGCUCCUGUGCGCGCCAGCUCCACCCGGAGGUGUCUCCGCGGCCGGACAUGCUGCUCGAGCGCAGGCCGCCCGCCGAGCCGCGGGGCUAGACCGAGCACUGAUCCUGUCCGGAGCACCCAGCCGCGGCCGCCUCGGACGAACUCGAUCGCUGGUUUCUCUGUCUCUCUCCCGUCUGCAAGUCUCAGGGACCGAGGAGGGGCGCCAGGGCCCCAUGUGUGGGAGGAUUGCUUCAGCUUCACAAACUUGCACGGAUUUUGGUUGCUGCUUUGGCCAGUGGUUCUGCUCAGAUUUCUUCCGAAUUGUUGCAAACUCGCCAUUGUUCCCUGGCUGCUUACAAACUUGGAUCCGGAAUUUCUUUUCAACCGGGAGCCAUUGGUGUCGAAGUGUCUGCAAUGAACCCGGUGAAUGCUACUGCUCUCUACAUUUCCGCGAGCCGCCUAGUGCUCAACUACGACCCCGGAGACCCCAAGGCGUUUACAGAGAUUAACAGGCUCUUGCCUUACUUCCGACAGUCCCUCUCGUGCUGUGUUUGCGGACAUUUGCUUCAAGAUCCUAUUGCACCCACCAACUCCACCUGCCAACACUAUGUCUGCAAAACUUGUAAAGGCAAGAAAAUGAUGAUGAAACCUUCCUGUAGCUGGUGCAAAGACUAUGAGCAGUUUGAGGAAAACAAGCAGUUAAGCAUCCUAGUGAAUUGCUACAAGAAACUCUGUGAAUAUAUAACCCAGACAACACUGGCACGGGAUAUAAUAGAAGCAGUUGACUGUUCUUCUGAUAUUUUGGCCUUGCUUAAUGACGGAUCAUUGUUUUGUGAGGAGACAGAGAAACCUUCAGAUUCAUCCUUCACUCUGUGUUUGACACAUUCCCCUUUACCUUCAACUUCAGAACCCACAGCCGAUCCUCAAGCUAGCUUAUCUCCAAUGUCUGAGAGCACCCUCAGCAUUGCUAUUGGCAGUUCUGUUAUCAAUGGUUUGCCUACUUACAAUGGGCUUUCAAUAGAUAGAUUUGGUAUAAAUAUCCCUUCACCUGAACAUCCAAAUACAAUUGAUGUAUGUAAUACUGUUGAUAUAAAAACUGAGGAUCUGUCUGACAGCCUGCCACCGGUCUGUGACACGGUAGCCACUGACUUAUGCUCCACAGGUAUUGAUAUCUGUAGUUUUAGUGAAGAUAUAAAACCUGGCGACUCUCUGUUGUUGAGUGUUGAGGAAGUACUCCGCAGCUUAGAAACUGUUUCAAAUACAGAAGUUUGCUGUCCUAAUUUGCAGCCAAACUUGGAAGCCACUGUAUCCAAUGGACCUUUUUUGCAGCUUUCUUCCCAGUCUCUUAGCCAUAAUGUUUUCAUGUCUACCAGCCCUGCACUUCAUGGGUUAUCAUGUACAGCAGCAACUCCGAAGGUAGCAAAGUUGAAUCGAAAACGAUCCCGAUCUGAAAGUGACAGUGAGAAAGUUCAGCCACUUCCAAUCUCUACCAUUAUCCGAGGCCCAACCCUGGGGGCAUCUGCUCCUGUGACUGUGAAGCGGGAAAGCAAAAUCUCUCUUCAACCUAUAGCGACUGUUCCCAAUGGAGGCACAACACCCAAGAUCAGCAAGACUGUACUUUUAUCUACUAAAAGCAUGAAAAAGAGUCAUGAACAUGGAUCCAAGAAAUCUCACUCUAAAUCCAAGCCAGGUAUUCUUAAAAAAGACAAAGCAGUAAAGGAGAAGAUUCCUAGUCAUCACUUUAUGCCAGGAAGCCCUACCAAGACUGUGUACAAAAAGCCCCAGGAAAAGAAAGGCUGUAAAUGUGGACGUGCUACUCAGAAUCCAAGUGUUCUUACAUGCCGCGGCCAGCGCUGCCCUUGCUACUCUAACCGGAAAGCCUGCUUAGAUUGUAUAUGUCGUGGCUGCCAAAACUCCUAUAUGGCCAAUGGGGAGAAGAAGCUGGAGGCAUUUGCAGUGCCAGAAAAGGCCUUGGAGCAGACCAGGCUCACUUUGGGCAUUAAUGUGACUAGCAUUGCUGUGCGUAACGCAAGUACCAGCACCAGUGUAAUUAAUGUCACAGGGUCCCCCGUAACGACAUUUUUAGCUGCCAGUACACAUGAUGAUAAAAGUUUGGAUGAAGCUAUAGAUAUGAGAUUCGACUGUUAAAUCAGUGGGUCUUUAAACCUACCCCUUGGUAGGAAAUAGCUACAGUCUUACGGCAGCUAUGGUUCUGUUGGUUUAACUUGCCGGAGCUCCUGCAUAUAGAUCACUUGUAUCAAGUGUUUUCAUUGCUAAGUUAUAUGUGUUAGUGUCGGGGAAAUAGUUUGCAGAUAAUGGAGGAGUAACCCUACAACUAUAUGUUCUUAGUUCUUACAGAACCUCAUAGUUUGAGAACAAAUGCUGAUGCAACUGAUUUAUACAAAAUGAACUUUGGCAAGGAAAUAACAAUAACCUCAUUGUUUAUGGUCAUGCUUUGUGCAUAAUCAAAGUUGAUGAUUAAAUGUAAGGAAGUGGUAUCUAGUCAGUCCAUAAAGAUUGUGCUUUUUUUUUUUCUUUUUUUUUUUUUUUCCUUUUUUUUUGGUGGAAAAGUAGCCAUUAGUUUAUCAGGAGACUUUGUGCUGCCUUCAGAUGCUGCAUUGAUAUUUCUCCUGUUGAAAAGCUGAUGUGUCCAGCUCAACCUUUGUGCUGACAUAAUACCAUUUCUGAUCAUGAAAAUUGGCUACUGGCAUGUAUGUAGCAGUUCUUAAAUCAGCAGUAUUAUGAAAGAAAAUUUCCCCCUCAUUAGAAUGUUUAAGAAAUCUGUCUUUUAAAAAAGUGAACAAAUAAAUUCUGUCAGACCACAAAUGUUAAGCUGUUUAUGCUUUAAAUAUUUAUGAGUUCACCCUCUUUCUAGUUAUCUGAUUCACUUCUGUGAGAAAAUCCUAAGUCCUUUUACUUUGAGCAAUGUUCUAUUUGGUAAAUAAAGUGAAGAGCUGUUUUAUUCUGAAUAUAAUUGAAUUUAUAUAGUUCAUGACAGAAUUUUUAAAAAAUAUAAAAAGAAUUUAAAAAUUGGGUUUUAUUUAAAGGAAUUUUGGAAUAAUGCCCCAAAUGUGCCCAGAUUUAUGCAUUUUACUUAUUGCCAUUGACAACUUCUUUUUUAUUUAUUUCCUAUUUGCCACAGGCUUUACCUUGAAUAUGCUCCUUUUUUUUUUCUUUUCUUUUUUUUUAGGGUGCUGUUCAAAAUGAAGGCUUCUUUAUCAAGGCCUUAAUAAAAAAUGCCUUUAAUGAAGCCUGUGCAUUUAGGUAGGUCUAACGCUCGGAGGAUUUUCUUUAGAAUGCUCUUUUGCAUGUAAAGCACAAACUGUUUCAGUUUUAAUGUACUUCUUCCUAUUAACUUUAUGGGGAAGAUAAACAUUCUGUUGACGGGAAGUCUAGUCAGUUGCUUGAAAGAGCACAGCCCAGAUUAAACAAGGACUGACUAGGUGUAGAGAGAACCUUGUGAUUUCAAAGAUCUGCUGCUUUGGCAGUGCUUAUUUUAAGAAAAAUACUGCUAGGGAAGUUCCAGUUUCUACUGCAUUCACCAUCUAGUGAGAUCUGAUGUGUUGAAGUUGUUUUGAUUUGGCACACAGCAUGUUCAAUGAUGGUUACUCGCCUCAUAAAGACAUGGGGAAGAAUCCUUUGGACACAGAGCAGAUGACACCUCCUGUUUUGUAGUGUAUCCUGGUGUCAUUUUCUGUGGAUGUGGUCAGGUAGUUGUUUUGUUGUUGUCAUUGGGCUUUUUAAAAAACAAAAAAACAAAAAAAAAAAAAACCAAAAAAAAUUUUUGGUCUCUUUUGGUGGGGCGGGGGUGGGCUAAAGCCAUAGGAAGAAAAAUGUGAUGUAUGUGUCCAGUAUGUACGAUUUUGUUUUUGUUUUGCAAGAAGAGUUGAACUAUUUUUGAUAACAAGAGUAAAUGGUGGAAAAUGCUUCUUAGUUGUCUUGUCUUUAUUUGCUUACAAGUUUUGGAAUUUUAUUUAAAUCUUUAAGUGAUAGCAGUGUCUUAUGAAACAUGUAUUUACCUGAAAUUUGUAACAGUUUUUGUGUUGAACCAUAUUCCCUGCUAUAUAAUCGUGUAAAUCUGUUUUUUAUUCACUAAUGAUCACUGCAGAAAUGACUAGAAAUGAGAUUGUACACUUGGAUAAUUAGGUUAUAUUUUGCAAAUCUCCCAAACUUUCCUAAUAUCUUAAAAUUCAUGGAGUACCUCAUUGCUUCCCAAAUUUGAUCACUUUGUUUGUUGAUGCAUGGGAGGUCGGCAAUAUAGACAAAGUGGACAUCAGUAUGUGAGGACCUUGGUUGUUCUGUAAUAUUGCCAAUGAUGAAUUCAGGUUGUUUUUAGCACAAGUUUCUCUUUUUUAUGCUGGUAUUCUCACUGCCACAUUUUUGGAAACAUGUAUCACACCUUAAAUCUAUCAAUAAAUGAUAGUUUUCUAA